AUAGACACUUGUAGUCACUGGAGCUGCUGCUUAAGCUCUGCAGUUUGUUUCAACUCCUCUCAGGACAGAGGACCAGUUUACUGCUGACAAAGGAUGGGUUUUGGGGAGGACCUGUGGUGUCCACAGGCACACACAGCCGUCAUGGGGCUGCUGGACUCUGAACUCCACCUGAUGGAGGUCAUGAAAAAGUGGAUGGGUCAGCGAGCCAAGAGCGAGCGGGAGUUUUCCGUGCAGCUCCACAGCAUGACUGCCUUGGUGGAGAAGAUGGACCGACCUCAGAACGGACAAGAUUACAUCAGUCAGCUGAACAAGUCAUGGGAGGUCCUGGUCUUGCAAACGGAGUCUCUCAGUCAGUUGAUGAAGAUGCGCUCUGAGGACCUGCUGAAUGGUCCCAUCAGCAAGCUGACUCUGCUCAUCAGAGACAAGCAGCAGCUCCGCAAAAACUACGCAGAACAGUGGACACUUCUGAGGCAGGAGCUCAACAAGGUGACCAACACAGAGCUGGAGAGGCUCAAGAGCAGUUACAGGCAGGCAGUGAAAGAUGUAGCUCAGGCAAAGAGGAAGCAUCAGGAUGCCAGUAAAGACAAGGAUCGAGACAAGAACAGAGAGCGUUACAUCAAGGCUUCAGUCAAACUCCACGAGCUCCAUAACGAGUAUGUGUUGUCUGUGCGAGCUGCUCAGGUUUACCAUCAGCACCACUACAGUCAGAUCCAGCCUGCCCUGCUCAGCGCAAUCCAGAAUCUCCAGCAGGAGAUGGUGCUCAUACUAAAAGAGAUCCUGCAGGAGUAUUUUGACAUCUCCACCCUCCUCCAUCAUGAUGUAGUGCGCAUUCACAGAGAGAUGUCAAAUGUCCUGACUGUGAUCAACCCGAGCAAAGAGUAUGAGAGCUUUGUCCAUCAGAACAGGUCCAUGGGAGAGAUUCCUGCGUGUGCUGAUUUUGACUGUAGCCUUUUGGAGGAUUCAGAGAAUUUGAAGCCCCGAGAAAUUGAGCUGAACAAUCUCACAUAUGAGAGGAUCCAGCACAAACUGACGGCAAUAGAAGAGGAACUGCUGGAGCUGUCGCGGACUCUGGGCUCUCAGCAAAGUGCAGUCGAGCAGCUGGAGUUGGAGUUAGAAGAGGAGCAGGGGGGAGUCAAAAAAGGGCAGAGGGUCUACCAGUUCAGCAAAAGACAUGCAAUGGAGGAGUGCAGACAGCAGGUUCUUCUGUCUCAGGGAAUCAGAGCCAAGCUGGAGGUUCAGAGGAUUCUUCUGAAGGAGAAACUAGACCAGCUGGGCUCCAGAGAACCUCCCAGUGCUUUGGACAUGGACUCUGUUUCUCUGACAUCCACCACAAGCAAUGAAAACAAUCUCCCUUCUGGUAAAUUCCUCGUGGAUGGGAUCAUAAAUAACCUGAGCAGCUUGUUCAGGCGUGAGGGUCAACCGACCAACCCCAAGCAGGACGUAAAUCGACCUUUGGAUGAGCAGGACUGGUACCACGGAGCCAUUCCCAGACUAGAAGUCCAGGAGCUGCUGAAAAAUGAUGGAGACUUCCUUGUGCGGAAGAGUCAAGAGAAGCAAGGUUAUGUUCUCUCUGUGCAGUGGGAUGGAUCCUGCAAACAUUUCCUCAUUCAGGACACGGAUAAUUUGUAUCGUCUGGAUGGUGAAGGUUUCCCCAGCAUCCCACUGCUGAUCCAUCACCUAAUGUCAUCACAGCAACACAUCACCAAGAGGUCGGAUGUUGUCUUGAAGAAACCAAUACUGAAAGAUAAAUGGGCUCUGGAGCAUGAUGACAUCAUUUUGGGCCCUCUGAUUGGAAGGGGUAACUUUGGAGAGGUGUACAGAGGUCAGCUGCGUUCUGAAAACACUUUUGUAGCUGUGAAAACCUGCAGGGAGAAUUUGGCUCCGGAGCACAAGAGCAAGUUCCUGAUGGAAGCCAGGAUCUUGAAGCAGUAUGACCAUCCAAACAUUGUCAAGCUGAUCGGAGUUUGCACACAGAAGCAGCCCAUCUACAUCAUAAUGGAGCUCAUCCAAGGUGGAGAUUUUCUGACUUUUUUGCGGAAUGAAGGCCACAGUCUGGCGACAAAGGUGCUGGUCAAAAUGACAGAAAAUGUGGCAGCGGGCAUGGAGUAUCUGGAGAGCAAGAAAUGUAUCCACAGGGAUCUCGCAGCAAGGAAUUGUCUGGUUGCAGAAAACAACGUGGUGAAGAUCAGUGACUUUGGGAUGUCCCGUCAGCGGGAUGACGGCGUGUAUUCGACAGAGGGUGGCCUCAGACAGAUCCCUGUCAAAUGGACAGCUCCUGAGGCCCUGAACUAUGGUCGUUACACUACAGAGAGUGAUGUCUGGAGUUUUGGAAUUUUACUUUGGGAGACUUUUUCUUUGGGAAUGACGCCCUACACAAGCAUGGGCAAUCAACAGACACGAGAGGAGGUGGAGAAAGGGUACCGGAUGUCUGCUCCGCAUAACUGCCCUGUGGAAAUUUCCAGGAUGAUGAGCAGCUGCUGGCAGUAUGACCCCAAAAACAGACCAUGUUUCAAGAAACUCCGUGCUGAUCUUAGUGUCAUAUACAAAAAGAUUACGUGAUAAAACCUUAAAUUUGAUCUCUUUUUUUUUCUAUUUGCAUAUCAGCCAAUUUCUCAGCAGAUGAGUUUCAAAUAAAAACCCUUUAAUGCCAAAAGUAAUGGUUUAGUGUCCUUCUAUUGUGGAGAAAGAAAGCUUUGCAUGACACACAAUUCUGGCUUUUCAGUAAAAAGCAUAACUAAGAAAGUAAAUGACCGUGUCGUGACCAUGUGUCAGACAAAAGUAAUGAAGUCAAACCAGCUUUUAACUGAUUGCAAAUGUAUUUUAUGCAAAAUGCAUAAUGCAACUCUUUCAUUUCUGAGCCUGUAGACAUGCAUCUUUUCUGACAUGGUGACAGAUUUAAAAAAACUUCUUUUUUUAAUCAGAAAAGCAGUUAAAAUGUCUGUAAAGGUGUUUUUAAAACACACAACAUCCUGAAUUGAAGCACUGUUAGUUGUAUUUCUUUUUUUUGUUUGUUUUUUGGCUGAUGUUAUUUAUGUGCGACCAUCACAAAAAGCGAUAGAAAUUGAUGUUUUGUUGUUGGCCGCAUAUAUUUAAAGUUAAACUUAAAGUUAAAGUCCCAUAAUCUGUUGGCCACCUAGGUGUGUGAAAUGUGUUCUCUGUAUUCAAUUAAUUCCCUGGAGGAGCGGUGAGCUGCAGAAACAGCUGCGCUCGGCAACCGCAACCGUAAUCCUAACCUUAACCCCUCUCUCUGGGUCCGUUCAGCACUGGCCACACAAUUUUUAAAAUAAUGUGCAAAUAAACACUUUUUUUUAUAGUUUUUUUUUACUUGAAAAGAAAUCUGCUUUUAUUUUUUCUAGUUUCUGCAAUUAAUUUGGUUUGUGUGGUUGAAGUUUCUGCAGAGAUGUAACAAGCUAAAUUUAAUGUUACACAAAUUCACAGAACUUUUGCCAAAUAAAGACCAUGUUAAUGUCUGCUUUA